UAAGUAUCCUGCGUCUAGAUUCUUAUUCAGAUUUCCGUAUUUUUAUCCUGAACAGUAGGGAGGAUUUUUUAAUUGUAAAAUCUCAUCAUGUUGUGCACCUUCGGACGGGCCUCCAGCAUUCUCAUAAAGCUCUGGCUGUGCUUACUAUUAGGAGCAACGACAAGGAGAUGUAGCAAAAGAAGUGGGAGUGAUAUGAUGAUAAUUUGAUCAGUCCGCAGAUUCUGAUACUGUGCCAAUUAUGGAUCCGACAGUGGAACUGUCCAACAUGGAUUCUUCCAACACAAGGCAAAACACGGUUGAAAACUCAAGGAUGAGGAAUUCCCUCGAAGGGAUUAAGUCGUCAGAAAAUACAAUGCUUUCCAAAACCACCAUACAAACUUAUACCGACGAAGAACAAAUUGACGUACCAGAUAUUACCGAGGGACACUUCAGCUUUAGAAAACUAUGGGCGUUCACUGGGCCCGGAUUUUUAAUGUCCAUUGCAUACCUCGACCCUGGAAAUAUCGAAUCAGAUUUACAGGCUGGAGUCGCAGCAAGUUACAAACUAUUAUGGGUCUUGUUAAGCGCGAACAUUCUCAGUCUUAUCAUGCAAAGACUGAGUGCCAGGCUUGGAGUAGUAACUGGAAUACAUCUAGCAGAGAUGUGUUAUAUGCAAUACAAAACUGUUCCACGAUUCAUGCUGUGGAUUAUGGUGGAAAUUGCCAUCAUAGGUAGCGAUAUGCAGGAAGUUAUAGGCACAGCGAUUGCUUUGUAUCUGCUCUCCAACAAAGCGAUACCGCUAUGGGGAGGAGUCUUGAUAACGAUAGUGGAUACUUUCACGUUUCUAUUUUUAGAUAAGUAUGGAUUGCGAAAGCUGGAGUUUUUUUUUGGAUUUCUUAUUACUGUAAUGGCAAUCACAUUUGGAUAUGAGUACAUUGUGACCUCACCUCCACAAAGUGAAGUAGUUGCCGGACUGUUUACACCGUGGUGUAAGAAUUGUGACAACGAUGCAAUAACACAGGCAGUCGGAAUCGUUGGAGCAGUUAUAAUGCCUCAUAAUCUUUAUCUUCACAGUGCUCUCGUUAAGUCAAGAAAAAUCGACCGAACAAAAAAGGUUCAAGUGCAAGAUGCAAACAUGUACUUCUUCACCGAAGCCUGCAUUGCAUUGUUUGUUUCAUUUAUAAUAAACAUAUUCGUCGUCUCUGUGUUCGCGUAUGGGCUUUUCGAUAAAUCAAAUAAGGACGUGUAUACCAUGUGCUACGAAAACAACUUCACCCUGGGAAUAGAAACAUUUGAGAACAAUACCAAUGAUGUCGAAGCUGAUCUCUAUCAUGGUGGCAUAUACUUGGGUUGUCAGUUUGGCGCUGCUGCUAUGUAUAUCUGGGGCAUAGGAAUUUUGGCAUCUGGUCAAUCAUCGACGAUGACUGGCACGUAUGCUGGUCAAUUUGCAAUGGAAGGAUUUUUGAACCUGCAAUGGCCAAGGUGGAAGCGAGUCUUGGUUACUCGUGUAAUUGCAAUCAUUCCUACGCUGGCUGUAGCUUUUAGGGCAAACAUCUAUAACCUCAGUACAAUGAACGAAUUAUUAAAUGCUGUGAUGAGCUUGCAAUUGCCGUUUGCUGUAUUGCCGACCAUAGGAUUUACGAGUAGUUUGCAAAUAAUGGGAGAUUUCAAAAACGGAUUCACAAACAAAGUCAUCUCUUGCGCUUUAGGUGUCGUAGUCUUUGCUGUGAAUAUUUACUUUGUCAUCGAUACAGUAGAAGAACGAGUGACAAAGCAUUGGGCAAUAUUACUUUUAAUUGCAAUCUAUGCCAUUUUCUAUGUACUGUUUUGUAUGUACCUCAUUGUACAUACAGCUAUCCAAAUGGGUGCAACUCGAUUGACCGAAAACGCGUUUAUCAUCAAGUAUGUAGGCCAUCCACGAGAUGUUAAUCCUGAAUCAUCCAGUCCAGUUCCUUACACAAUGCAAGGAUGAAGACUUGUCCACUUUCGUACUAGUAACAAAAUCGAAGGGCCUAAAGAAUUUGUACAAUUAUUUCUUACAAAGUAUCGUGGAAAUCAGGAUGUAAUAUAUUUUCUGAGAUACAGUGAAAAUAGAAAAAAACUUGCAUAGAUAGGAACGUCCGACUAUUGGUUAUUAAUAUUUAUUAUAGGUUCUUAAUUAUUUUUUAAAGUUUUACAUCAUUUCCAUACACAUAUAUGUAUGGGAAUUUACGUCACAUAAAAAAUUUGUAAACUAGUGGACUACACAAAUUCAGUCACCAUAUUCACGCAGCUCAUUAAAAAUAUGCUACUGUUUUUAUAAUCUGCAAUGUGUAAUUUUUGUAAGCAAAUUGUAAAAAUAUAUAUU